AUGUUGCGAGCAAGAACGCUGAGUAUAAUUGUGACCACGGGGACGACACUUAUUGACGCAUCCCUGGAACCACUUAUAUACGUUAUAGCGAUUUGGAUUGAUGAAUGCGUAUUGAGUGAGAUAGUUGAAUUGGCGGACUAUAGAAAAGGAGGCCCAGAGUCUGGAGGCUGCGAAUCAACACCCACGAUAUCAUCAAGAAUGAUGAAGCCAUCCGGGUCGCUCUUCGAAAAUCGCCGUAUUGAGAAAGACGAUUUUCAAGCAAUGGUCGACUUUAUAGUACACCUCUACCCCCUGAAAAAUGACCAGAAAAGUGUAGAGCAGGAUGAGCCCAAAUGGCUUAGGUUGCCGAUCAUAUCGAGAAUACCCAUAUUCGUGAAUGGCCCUCUGAAAGCCCAUGUCGUAGAUCUUCACAGACAAGCGCUAAGUUGCGCAGAACAAAAGACUGGCUUGCAGGAAAUAGGGGACAGGCUUGUCGGCUUCUUGGAUGCUGGGUGUUGCGCCGAGUAUUCCGAAGAUGAACCAAAGGAGAUACACUGUUGUGAGGUUCAGGUUCAUGAAUAG